AUGAAGACUGCACACACGCUGCUCCUGGCAGUCGCCUUCCUCGUGCUGGCAUCAGAGGCUGCAGUGAAGGCGGACAAUUGUGCAGCGUCACUUCACAAGACGCCGCUACCGUGUGAUCAGGUAGGUUGCCUGCACAUUUGCCGCGAGCAUGUGAAUGGGGAAGGGCACGCGUGCCCUCAAUGCAAUUGGAGUGCUAGUUGCAACUAUAAUGGACUAUGCCGGUGUGAUGUCUGCCUCCCUCCUCCUUCUGCCCCUAUCCAACACCAACAGAGUGACUGA